GUCUAUUCAUUCGAUGAAUUUAAAAUGAAUUUAUAACACUGAGAAAAACUUUACAAUAACCCUGACACCUACUGACAGUGUAAUUUCCGACAGCAAAUGAAGGCAUCAUCACUGUCUUUCUUCUCUCACAAGUUGAAGCUGAAAUGUUACAAAGUAAACGCAAACAAACAACAAUAUCCGUGCAGAUUCUCCCUUUUAGCGCUGUUGUGGGGACACCAACCAGGUGACGGAGGACACGUUACAUUUUAUAAAUUUAAAAAUGAACUGGCCCUCAGUUAGAGGAAGUGACAUCAAAAUACAGACUCCUUUUGUCUGACGACCUUAUCCGGAGGAAGUGAAGCUCAGAAGAGGCAGCUGCUCAACCGGAGGGGGAAAAAAAAUCUAAAAAAAAAAAAAAAAAAAAAAAAAGCGAAGAGGGAAAAAAACUUAAGUGCUUUGCAGGAAUUUGGACAGAUUUGGAAACUGUGUCCCAAUCGUCCCGGCCCACGGGAGUUCCGGGGAGGGAGACGCAGUCGUCGGCACCGAAAUGAUGGAAGAUUCUCAUUUUAAUUCAUCAUAUUUCUGGUCUCCCGUCCCCACUGUGCCAGGACAGAUUGAGAAUGCCAUGUUCCUGAACAAGGUGAAAGAGCAACAGGAAAAGAAUGCUUCCUUCCCUCCUUCUUCUGCAUCCCACUACCAAACAGCUCUCCUCACCAUCCCCACUCCUGGGGCCAAGACAGAUGGAGGAGGGCAGGCUGGUAGUGCGGCGCACCUCCACCCUCCUCACAGCACCCAGAACAUCACGGUGCUGCCUGUCCCCUCCACAGGCAUCAUGACAGCAGCGGGUCUGGUCAUCACAACUCCUCAGGGAACACUUGUCUCUCCCACCUCCUCUCAGUCCUUCGUCUCCGGUCAUCCAGCAACAACCAUGAUUGUUUCAGCGCUCCAUUCACCAGACAAAAAAGAGGGGGAUGGGACGUCCCACGUUGUUGUGAUGCCGGCACCCUCAAAACGAGGCAGAAAGAAGAAGACCACGCUGUCCAGGGUCGGUCCUGUGGGUGGACCAGGGAAUGAGACGCUGAUACUGGCUCACCUGACAGCUGGCAGUCAGGUGGCGUCUUUACAGCAUCACGGUGGAGACCCAUAUGACCUCUCAAAUGAAGAUGAAGACCAUGGCCCAAAAGAUAGCACUAAGACAUACAGGUGCCGGAUGUGUGCGGCGACCUUCUUCAGUAAGUCUGAUAUGCAGAUCCACUCCAAGUCGCACACAGAGGCCAAACCUCACAAGUGUCCUCACUGCGCCAAGUCAUUCGCCAACUCCAGCUACCUGGCCCAGCACAUCCGCAUCCACAGCGGGGCCAAGCCUUACACCUGCUCCUACUGCCAGAAAUCUUUCAGGCAGCUCAGUCAUUUACAGCAGCACACACGGAAUCACACAGAGUCCAAGCCUCACAAGUGUCCCCAUUGUACCAAGUCAUUUGCCAACUCUAGCUACCUGGCUCAACAUGUCCGCAUCCACACUGGAGUGAAACCCUACACCUGCUCCUACUGCCAAAAGUGUUUCAGACAGCUCAGUCACCUUCAGCAACACAACAGGAUUCACACCGGAGAUCGGCCAUACAAGUGCGCCCAUCCGGGCUGUGAGAAAUCAUUCACGCAGCUCUCAAAUUUACAGUCCCACCGACGUCAGCACAACAAGGACAAGCCCUACAAAUGCUCCAAUUGCAAUAAAGGAUACAUAGAUGCAGCGAGCCUGGAGGUGCACAUGUCCACACACACUGUCAAACACGCCAGGAUCUACUCCUGUGGUCUCUGCAACCGCACUUAUACCUCAGUAAGACAAAUGUCCAUUUCUGAAGAGCAUUUCUACAUGAAACACUAUGAAUCGCCUCACUGGCAACAGACACCUGGCAGCUACUUUACACCGUGUAGUCAUGUGUCCACUGUUUCCCCUCUACCUAUCCUCCCCUCAUCUCAGGAGACGUAUCUGGUGAAACACAUGGAGAAACACAACCCAGACCAGUUGACUGCACCAGCAGUCGCGGCACAACAGAACCAGAACCAAAGCCAGGCCCAGGGCCAGGCUGGGGCUCAGAGCCGGGUAGAGAGCGCAGAUGGAGGAUCGGUCCGGCCCGGGGGAGCUGGGAGCGGAAGAGCGGGAGGAGGCCAACAAGGACAGACCCAAAGCAACUACCCCCAGACAGAAAACAUCCCCUGUCCAUUUGACCUGCACCAGUAUAAAACAGUGUCUGCCAGUGACAUCCAGUACAAACCAGUCAGUGUGGCUGACAUUACUUCCCACAAGGACCUCUGUCUCACUGUGUCAGCAUCCACCAUUCAAGUGGAGCACCUCAACUCUUAGAGGUGGUGAAAGGAGGGAGUUGGGGGGGUGGGGAAGUUAGAAUUAAUUCAAGAAUACAAGAAAUGGAAGAUGGAGAGUCAAAGGAUAAAAGCAAUACUAAGAUGAAACAAGUCAAGAACUUUGGAACACAUGACUGUGCCUGAACGAUGAGGCAGACAGGACAAACGAUACGGUGACACAGUAUACUGAAGGCUAUAAUUUUGUUUUUGUUUUUUUUUGUUUUUUUUGUUUUUUUUAGUUUGUCUCUUAUUUUCUCUCUGCCUUGUUUGAUUUGUUUUUCUUUUACUUAGCUGUCCUGUCUGAGUAGAAAGUGCAUGUUAAGGCUGCAAUAAAGUGUGUUUCACUCCAUCACAGUGAUGGUUUUUACGAUAGGGAAAGAUUCAAAGAGACAGUGCUUUUGUUGUUGUUUUAUCACCUCCCGCUCUUCCCUGCAAAUUCAGCUUUGGCCAUAGCAAUUUAUGGUCUCUCUGUUGAUAAAAUUGGUGGUUAACUGUGAAGGUAAAUUUUUAUACUUUCAUACAGAGACUUUCAGUUUUUACUCAGUGUUAUUACCUUUACUAUGUUGUACAAUACAUGCCUGCAGUUGAUUCUUCUUGACCUUAAAAGGGAUGUAGAGGGUAUUUCUUUUUCAAGAGAGAAAAAAUAUCAAUCAAGUAUAUAUAGAUAUAUACUACCAGUUUAUAAAUAAUGAUUGCGUGUUUAAGGGAUGUGUUUAUCCAUAUAAUCUAUUUAGACCCAUUUGCAGGCCUUCACAUGACCUUCGGGAGAGUGAUGUGCCAGUUCAUGUUUCAUGUAAUCCUAUUGUACUGCUUUGUGUGUAUGUCCUAAAAGUAAUAUCCAAAUGUGUACUUGCUAUUAUACUUCCACAAUAAUGUUUAUAAUAUUUCUUUAUAGACAUACUGACACAUCCGCAAUUUGUGUUUUUUUUCUGCUUAUAAAACAAUAAACCCUCUGAAAUUCUCUCAUUGGCAUUUUUCCCUGUCAGUUUUUGCCAAAUUUAUUUAUUUUUAUUUUUUUGUGCCAUACAUAUACACAUUUGGUUUUAUCUGUCCUGUUGUUUUUAUCCUGAUUCUGAUUCAUCAGCUUAUUUGUUUGGGUGAUUUAUCCUAGAUUUAAAAGCCUAACCAGGGAUGCGGGCCACAAAUUAGCUUCAGCUAGAUGCCCUAUAUACAUCACAUCUGUUGCAUUGCAUAUGUGUAUGUAACAAUGUUAAUCUGCAUGGUCCCUGUUAAAUAAACAAAUAAUUAAAUGA